CUUUACCCUCUGAGACCCACCUCACUUUCCUUUUAGUAAAAGAAGUCUCUCCAUCAGCUCUCUUUCCUAAUCACUCUAACUCAGAUUCUCCGCUGCUCGCCUGAACGCUCCUUGCCAUGUCUGACAACGAGGAGGUGGUGGAGGAGUACGAGGAGGAGGUGGAAGAGGAGGAGGUGGAGGAGGAGGCGGUGCAGGACAUGGAUGAACCUGAUGCAGAGGAGGAGCCCAACGAAGAACAAGAUGGAGAAGAGGAAGUGGAGGAGGGAGAAGAGGAGGAGGCCAAACCAAAAUUCAAGCCAUUUAUCAUGCCCAACCUCAUCCCUCCUAAGAUCCCAGAUGGAGAGAAGGUGGAUUUUGAUGAUAUACAUCGUAAAAGGAUGGAGAAAGACCUGAUGGAGCUUCAGACUUUGAUCGUGGUUCACUUUGAGAGCAGGAAGAAGGAAGAAGAUGAUAUCAUUCAUCUCAAGGACAGAAUUGACAAGCGUCGUUCUGAGCGAUCAGAACAGCAAAGAAUCCGAAGUGAGAGAGAUAAAGAGCGACAGAAGCGUCUUGAGGAUGAGAAAGCUCGCAAGGAGGAGGAGGAGGCCAAGAGGAGAGCAGAUGAGGAUGCUAAGAAAAAGAAAACCCUGACCAGCCUCCACUUUGGAGGUUACAUGCAGAAGUUGACAGAAAAACGGAGCGGAAAGAGGCAAACUGAGAGAGAGAAGAAAAAGAAAAUCUUGAGUGAAAGACGCAAAUCUCUGGACAUCGAGAACUUGAGCCAGGACAAACUCAAGGAGAAAGCUAAAGAGUUGUGGGAGUGGAUGCAGGAGCUGGAGGGAGAAAAGUUUGACCUGCAAUACCAGAUCACCAGUCAGAAAUAUGAGAUUAAUGUGCUGAGGAACCGUGUCAGUGACCAUCAGAAAACAUCUAAAAGAACCAAAAGAGGGCUGAGGAAAUAAGUGCGGAUGUGCAGAUCAAGCAGUGUAAGCAUCAGCCCCAUCCUGCAGCCACCGCCUCAGACCAAGUCCUGGCUUUCCUGCCACACCCUGGUCCCUGUUUCCCCACUAAUAUCACCUACCAAUUAUAUACAGGUUUCCAGCUCCAUCUCACUCCUUUUCUCACCAAACAUUAAAUUAGAUCAUCUGUGUUUAAGAGUGUAAAUGAAAACAAUCUUCUCAAUCAAUGAUUCUUUGCUUUUUUGUGUUUGUGGGUGCAUGAUUUUACUGGCACUCACAACUCCACUGAGUCAAAUUACAUGAGUGCAGAAAGCCUGAAGCAAAUACAGGAAGAGACAUCGUGCCACUCAGAGACAGGCUCUGACAUGACCAAGACUGUCAUGAUGCUCCGCAGGUUAACGCCCAGACCUCCACCCAACAGACAUAUUCACAGAAACUUGGAAGAGAAUGAAUCAUUUCAAUUUAACCGAAAUCCAGGUGGGAAAGUCCUUUAAAAACAAAAAACAAAGACGUUCUUCAUUCAACUUCUUCCAACGUCUCUUCAAAAGGAACAUUGUUGCUUUUGAAUGUUGUCAAACCAAACACCGAUUAGGACAUUACUGUGGAUCUGAGGUGGCACCAAAUAGGCAGGAAACGUUACAACUUGUAAUUAAAUGAGCAUACUUUUCAA